AUGCUAAAUCUUGAUGAUGAUGUUGAGGAGUUUGCUUGCAUAAGCAAUGAGACUUCGGCUCUAAUCUCUAAGGGGUACCCAAUUAAGAAGGGUGACCUCGGGGCGUUUGUUGUUCCCUGUGACAUCAAGGACAUGGAAUUUAACAACGCCUUGGUCGAUCUUGAAGCUUCCAUUAACUUCAUGCCUUCUUGUGUUCUUAAAAAAAUGAAAUUGCCUUACUUGAGUCCAACCCGACUCAAUCUCUACCUUGCCGAUGGGACCAUCCCGUGUCCCAAAGGUAUUGCGGAGGAUAUGUUGGUGAAGGUUGGAGAAUUCAUUGUCCCCCUUGAUUUUGUAGUAUGUGAUAUGGGCGUUGAGGAUUCUUGUGGCCUGUUGAUACAUGGGAGACCAUUUUUGGCAACUUGUGGUGCCAUAAUUGAUGUUGGCAUGGGUGAGAUUACUCUUCGGAUCAAUGGGAAUAGAGUAGUGUUGUAA